UAACAUAGGAAUACGGGCUACCAGUCUACAGUGAACUUGAUGGAGUUUAUCAAUGAUGACCGAGGUCCAGCCACCCACUGAGAAAUACCAGAGACCAGAAAAAUUAUUAAAAAAUGGCCAUUAAUGUUGUUUCGUCGAUGUACAUGUGUAUAAUGAACGCAGUACAAACAAAAAUACAACUGUAAAUCUCACAAGGUAGUAUUGUCAAAAUAUCAAUGGACAGUUUUUACUGCAACUUUUUUUUUAAGAUAAUAAAUUUAAUGACUUAUUAGCAUGUCGGCCACUAAAAACAAGAGAUUAACCUGUUUGUAAGUGAUGAUGGCGUUUUGUUAACAUCGUAUAACUUAAUCGAUGAGUUAUUAGAGAUAAACGGGUUGGUUUGAUCCAGAUGCUUGUUAAAUCUAUGCCGUCACUGUGUAUAUAAUAGAUUUGACCCUUCCAAUUUGUCUAUCAAAGUUAUAUCCAACUUGUUCAUCCAUACAAUAUCCAGAUGGCUACAGAAGACUCUUCUCAAAAGCUUCCACAGGCAGAGAAACCCAGCGAGGAAUCGAACUCUGACGAGCCAGUUAGUGCAGAGCAACAGGAUUCAAAGCCCCAUAUUCUGUCGCCCUUGAAAUUUGCCAAUUUUGAGCUUUCUCACAGGGUUGUUUUAGCGCCUGUGACAAGAUGCAGAGCGCUGGAUCAUGUUCCCCAGCCAGCCCAUGUUAAGUUUUAUUCUCAGAGAACGACUAGCGGUGGAUUUCUCAUCUCUGAAGCUGCAGCAGUCGCCAAUGAUGGCAUUGGGUUUCCCAACUCCCCUGGCAUAUUUUCAGCUGAGCAGGUGGAAGGCUGGAAGAAAGUGGUGGAUGCCGUUCAUGAAAAGGGUGGGAUCAUCUUUUGUCAGCUAUGGCACGUGGGCAGGGCAUCACAUACAGUUUACCAGCCAGAGGGUAAAGCCCCAGUGUCUUCAACAGACAAAGCAAUAGCAGAUGGAUGGACCAUCUUGAUGCCAGAUGGCACGCGGGGAGAUUACUCAAAGCCUAGAGCUCUGGAGACUGCAGAAAUUCCUGGAAUUGUCAAUCAAUUUAGACUAGCAGCCAGGAAUGCCAUGCUAGCAGGUUUCGACGGUGUGGAAAUACACGGCGCACAUGGGUACCUGGUGGAUCAAUUCCUGAAAAACGGCAUCAACGACCGCACAGAUGAAUACGGCGGUUCAAUAGAAAAUCGGUGCCGUUUCGCCCUAGAAGUGUUGGAAGCUGUGAGCCAGGAAAUCGGAGGCGGGCGCACAGCCAUCCGGCUUUCCCCCAUCAUAGACCACAUGGGCGCCAUGGAUUCUGACCCUGUUUCCCUGGGUCUCUACCUCGUCCAACGCCUCAAUGAACUCAAGGAGCCCCUUGCAUAUCUCCAUAUCACCGAGCCCCGAUUCACCCGCGAAGGCCUAAAAGAAGAAGAAGACGCAGAGGACGAGGGCGAGAAGAUGAAAAAGAGACGCCUCUGCAGCCUGCUGAGAGAGACCUUCCGUGGGGCCUUCAUGAGCAGCGGGGGAUUCAACAAGGACACCGCCAUUGCCGCCGUGGCAAACGGAAAAGCUGACAUGAUCUCAUUUGGGCGCCUCUUUAUAUCCAAUCCCGACCUUCCCCGCCGCUUUGAGAUGCAAGUUAAGCUCACCAAAUAUGACCGCUCUACAUUUUACAGUUCCGAACAGGUGAAAGGAUAUACAGAUUACCCCUAUUUUACCAGCCCACGUCAGGCUCAGUUCCCCGUAUUCUCGCCCUCCAACUCAUUCAAUUCCUCUUCCUCCCCAACUUCCUCUUCUAUUCCUGCCAAAAAGCUCACCGAAUUGUCGCCCUCCAAUUCAUUCAAUUCCUCUUCCUCCACAACUUCAUCUUCUCUUCCUGCCAAAAAGUUACCCCCAUUCUCGCCCUCCAAUUCAUUCAAUUCCUCUUCCUCCUCAACUUCCUCCUCUCUUCCUGAAAAAAAGUAAAUAAAACAAGGACACUGAGAGUGAUGGUAUGUUAACUAUUUGACUUUCAUAGAUGUGUGAUGUAGAAGUUAGGCGUUAGUACAAGUUUGAGAAAUCUGUGUACAUGGAUAUUGUCUGUGAUUUCAUUUUCCUGCCAACGCAAUGAAAGCAAGAUGCAGGGGAGCAAAGGUUAAAAUGGAACAUCAUGGAGAUAUAAAUAAUAGGAGGAAAAUGCAGCGAAUAUUUUAGGUGGAGAAUGGUAGCUGACAGCUCGCUGAGCUUGAUGUGUGAGCAUUCAACUCUGUAGCAUGACUGUGACUCCUGACAACGCCAUUUCGAUCAAGCUUGACUGGAUAUAUAAUUUUCAUGCUUUGACUGGACAUAAAGGCGUUUAAAUAGAACAAGAUUGCGUCUUUCAAUACUUCCAUGCUUAACUACUCACUAUUCACUUCCUUGCUACUAUUCAUUACUAAUGUUGAAGAAACUUAAUAUCAA